CGUAGGCAGUCGGAGCUCCCCUUCUCUGGCUCUUCGCUGGCUAAUUUUCUCACCAACAUCCAACUCAUUGCGACAUGACUCCAGAGAAUGGCGUCGUCGAUCUCUAGAUUGCAGUUUGAUGGAGUCUACUUCAGAAAUGAAGUUCAAAUCUGAUUCUGAGCAAAAUAGAGCUUUGGACUCAAAUGCAAUUCUCCUACUCCAUCCAACUUCUGAUCGCUCUAAUAAAAGAUCAGAUCCUGUGGUACUUGAGAGAGAGCUUGCACAUGAAUUAGCUGCAAGUAAACAGGCAACUAAUGUUCCAAGUGAGACUACUAUUAGCUCCGAGGAAGCACUUGAAAGGGAGCUAGAAUUUCGAAAACGAAGGAAAAUAGCUAUGUUGCAAGCUUCUAUUGACUCUGGGUCACUCUUUACACCCUCUCAAGUACUACCUCUGAAGCCAAGUCUUCCUGGGAUAAAACGAAAAGCGGUGUCUGAAAAUCUUCCAGAGCAAGAAACCUAUGGAAGUGAGGAUCAAAGGUUUAGGGCUUCUCCAAAUGGUUCUCCCAUACAAGAAAGGACCAAGCAUCAAAAUAAUCAUGGCCAGUCAUCCACGGCUCAACGAACUCCCUCUCAAGUUCCCUCUGCUCCUCAGUUUCCACAACAAAUCCCGUCAAGAACCCCUUUGUCUUCUCGAAUUGUGACGACGGGAAGAAAAAUAAAUUUUGAGUUUUUGGAGAAAGAAGGAUUUGUAAUUGAACAGAAAAUCAAGAGAUUGAGUUGGGAAUUUUUGUGUUCUUUGGAUAUCUUGACCUAUCCGAACCUAGUUUGGGAAUUCUUCGGAAGUGCAGAGUUUGGAGAUAAAACCUUGGAAUCAAAAGUUUGAGGUGUUCGUAUUAUAUUGGAUGAUGAAAGAUUAGCUCAGAUACUAAGGAUGUCUACUGAUGGAAGCAUAUUUGACCAUUUUGAAAAUUGGUCCACUGGCUUGAGAUAUAUUCUGGAUAGAGAUGAUAUAGGUGAGCCGGAGGAAGUGAGCGCCAAUCAGUUGAGUAUCGAGAUGCGUCUUCUUCAUCACAUGACAAGUAGGGUUUUCUUCUCCAAGAUAGGGAGAUUCGACUUCAUAUCAGGGAGAGAUAUUACCUUUAUGUACCAUUUGAUUCAUGAGAUCUCUCUGAACCUACCCUCACUCAUGAUCAGUCACAUAAAAGGGGCGGCCAGUUGGCAGAAGGCAUCAUUGCCUUAUGGUAUAGUCUUAACCUUUGUUUUUCAGGAGUUUGGUGUGGAUCUUCAAAGAGAGACUGCCAAAGCAUUGAUAGACACUGACAUCUAUGACAAUCGAUCACUUCGGAGAAUGGUUUUCAGAAAGUAGAUGAUCGAAAGUAGAUGAUCGAUGGUUACGUAGAGGUGCAGUACAGAGAGAUGCAGAUGUUGAUGGUGAUGACGAUGAGACAUCUAUAGCAAUGUCCAUUGCUGUAGAUAUGAGGAUUGAGAAGCCAGCAGAGCAGCAUGAGCAGACAGAGGCCGCUCCUUCACAGACCAGUCAUCCAGAGGUUAUAGAUUGACUUUUUGAUAGACUAAACGAGGAUGCAUUAGGUGAGAGAGUUUUCACCAGAAUUGUCACCUCAGUUUGUGUAGAAAUUCAGAGAUAUACUUUAGAAGUACAGUAGGCGAGAUGAGAUCUGAUGGAGGUACUAUCUUUGAUCAGAAAGGAGUCAGCUAGAUUGAUCCAGGCUCUUACUUCAAUGAGGGAGGAUGUUCACGAUCAGAUCCAGUCAUCUAAAGACAUCAGA